AUGCACGUGCAAACUUCUCUCUUUAUGCUUUCUACUGCUAUUGUCGCUAGAUCUACCGCACAUAGCACCACGACACGCUCUUUCGGUACACUUGUAGAUUGCCCUGCUGUGCGUUCUGCUGAAUCUCCAUGCCUCUGGGUGGGUGAGAACAACGAGGUUGUCGCAUCGACGACCCUGCGCGAAUUACUUGUUCAGCGUCAUUUCGUGUCCUAUCAUGACCAGGAAAACUACAGCCGAAACUUGCAAAAUCACAUGAAGUACAUUGAGGAUGUUCACAUGCACGCCAAGAGUGUUGACCACGUCUUCUCGUAUCACAUGGGCGUGAACGAGCGUCACUUGACAUCGUCCACUUGGCGCCGUCUCUCGCCCCAGCAGCUUGUGGACCAGGAGGUCCAAUCAGCGCGAUCUCGUCGUCUAGUCUCGAAGACUAAUGACAGUCUAGCAAAGGACUCUAGCAAAGUGUUUCACGUCGAUGGCUCCAAGUACUGGAAUUGGUGCGGCAAAGAAAAUCCAUUCGGCCACAGCGUAUGCUCGUCAGUCAAGAGUCAGCAGAACUGUGGCAGCUGCUGGGCUUUUGCUGCUGCUGAUGCUAUUGAGACAGCUGUUGUGAUUGCGGAGAAUGCAUCGGCGGCGGUGUCGCUCUCCCCACAGCAGUUCUUGACAUGUAGUAGACUAGAGACGACGCAGACCUUUGAAUACUGUUGGGCAACUGAUGACGGAGUGGAUGGCGCAAUUUGGAUGGAGAGAGACAUCAAGUGGGAGUCACAGAACGAUGGUUGUAACGGUGGCAUGACCCACGGCGCUUUUAUCGACGCUGCGCAGAGCUCAUGGGGUCUUGUGACGGAGCUCACGAUGCCGUACGACGACUCCGCCUCCAGCCACACGGCCUCUGAUAAGGCGUCGCUGUUAUGCAAUGUGAGUGCCAAUGAAACUGCUGCUAGCAUCACGGGCUGGGAACAGGUUGUGGGUACGGACUGCACGGCAUCCAGCACCUGCAGUGUCUUGCUGCGCUUGGCAUUGGAAAAGCAGCCGAUUGCAGUUGCAAUUAACUCGGAAGACCCAUUCGGUGAAUAUGCCGGCGGUUUUUAUAGCUGUCCCAACAACGGUGACCUGUCUUCGAAGAACGACGUAAAUCACGCCAUGGUUCUUGUAGGCUACGGUACGGAUGCCUCGCACGGCGACUACUGGAUCCUCAAAAAUUCGUACGGCAGCUCGUGGGGCACAAGCGGCUUUAUGAAUCUCUUGGCGGAUUCCAAGGUGAACUGCGGUCUCAACAUUUUUCCUGUAAUCCCCACAGGAGCAUCAGCCGGUGCUGCGUCAUCGAUUAGCAUUGAUAGCGGUGGUGAAACGAUUUUUGUUGGUCUGAGCCCGAACGCCUGGAUUGUCGUCGCGGGUUUGACGACUAUUUUCACUGUAGUGACCACUGCCAUCGGCAUGCUUUUCUCGCACCAUAAAAUGAGAUCGAUCCGCAAAAAGAACUCAGCUAUAUACGCGGCGCGGGCAAACGGCCGGUAG